UAACUUUUAUGCCUUUUUUCUCAUCCUCCUCCAUACAUACAUAUUUCUUCAAAAAAAAAACACCAUGACUUCAACCUCUAAAAACAACAACAAACACAACAAUAUUGUGAUGAACAUCUCAUCUAAUAACAAUAACAACAACAAUAACAAUAACAAUAAUAAUACGACUUUUGUCCAAGCUGAUCCUUCCAACUUCCGUUCUGUGGUUCAAAAACUCACUAGUUUUGAAUCCAACAAGUUCCCCACCAUCAUCGAUCGAGCGCGGUCAUCGACGUUCAAAUUACAUAAACGGAGGCAUAAUGCAAGUAAACUUGAAUAUAUUUUUACAAGUAAGACCAUGAAUUUGUCUACUACACAAAAAAUUACUACUAGUAGUAGUAGUUUUCUUGCAUCUCCAAUUUCACCUCUUGAUGUGUUGACACGUGGAAUAAGUCCAAGAUCAUCCAUGGAUGAUGAUGAUAAUGAUGAAGAAGAAGAAAAAAGAGCUAUUGCUGAGAAAAGAUUUUACUUGCAUCCUAAUACUCCUAGAGCUUCUCAAACACCUCAACUUCUUUCUCUAUUUCCUCUUCAAUCUCCUAAAGACACGCAUCAUUCAUGAAUUAAUCGCGUAAUUUUAAUUUGACCUCAGUAGAUGUUUAAAUUUAGCUUGAAUAAAGUUAAAUAACUUCAUAUACGUGUUUUACUUAGCGUGUUAGUUAAAUGUAGGAUGCUACGUAGGAUGAUGUAUGUAAAUAUUGGUUUGAUUUUAUUAGUUUAAGUAUCAACUUGUGCACGUUUGAAAAGUUAAGUCGUUUAUGUAUUAUGUUCAAAUUAAUUGUAGGACGUAUUAU